AGUCCUCAUACUAUUAUUCGCUAUGUCCUAUAGAGGUGUUUCUCGUCUUCGCCCCACGGCCACUCUCAGGCUCGUUACUUCCACUUCAGGCUCAGAUACAGAUGAGGACUUAAACUCUUCUCUAAGGUCCUUGUCACACUCAGAAGAACCAUCACCAGGCCAGACCGAAGCUCGCCAGAUUGAGCCUGUCAAGACGCCUCCGCGGACCCGACAAACUGAAAUUGACAAUAAUACUGUAGCGGACAAUAGUGAUAGGAAGGAGAGUAUUGCUGAGCCGGCCCAGGUCGAUGAAGACUGGAAGAUGGGAUCUCCAUCUCCCAUCGAGCUGACUUACGCUCCUACACAUUUUCAUCAACUAUAUGAAUAUGAAUAUCAAGACAUUGAUAUGGCAUCUCCUCCUCACUCCCCCACUCCAAAUGAAGUUCAGGAUUCUGCGACACGGAGGUCCUCAUGGGGCGCUGAUCCUCGCUCCCCCACUCCCAAUGAGGUUCAGGAUUCCGCGACAUGGGGGUCCUCAUGGGGUGCUGAUCCAUCUCGUUUACCUAUUCCGAACGAAGUUCAGGAUUCCACGACAUGGGGGUCCUCAUGGGACGCCGAUCUGCCUCGCCCCCCCACUCCCACGCAAGCUCGGGAUUCCGCGACAUGGGGGCCCUCAUGGGGCGCCGAUCCUCCUCAUUCCCCCACUCCCACCCAAGUUCAGGAUUCCUCGACAUGGGGGUCUUCGACAUGGGAUUCCUCCCCAUGGGACACUGAUCCUUCUCACUCACCCACACAGGACUCUGCGCCGUGGGGGUCCUCGACAUGGUGAAUAUGUUUGCUUUGUAUGAUUGAUUGAGAGGAGUUAGAGAAGGAAGUCUCAAAGACGAACUAUUGAACUAUACAUUUGCUUUGUAUUAUUAA